AUAAUUUGACACAAAAUGUAAUCAUAUUGUUAUAGAUUUAAAUAUUUAUAGUAUUGUUUCCGUUAAUAUAUACAUUUCUGCUAGAUUAGACUUUGAAAUAGAGUACAUAGCAGUGGUAAUUCUGAAAUAAUCGACCGCUGAAUGUGAUAAUGGACCAAUCAGAAUGGAGUCAACGAAGUGGAUGGUCAAAACUUGCCCCACGAGUUUUUUCCAUGUUUCUUUCCCCCAGUAUUACGGUAAUAUACAGGAAGUGGCAAUUGUUCGACUUAUCGGGGGUAAAUCGACAUCACAUGAAUCAGUUUGGGGAACAGUUCGCCAGUGGUCGAGUUAAACAUGUUAAUAAACAUGUCGCCGUGCGGCUCCACUUUGGAAGAACAGCUUUCGUCCAUAAUGGACGUGCUUGCAAAAGCGGCCGUAUCUGAAAUUAGCCAACUGUUCUUGGAAGGCUCGACUACCCUUCGCUUACAAAUAACUCAGAGCCUGAAAGAAAACGAAGCGCUGAGGACGAGGAUGAAGGUGAUGAGGAGUGAGCUGUUUUCUCUGCGGCUUCAAACGAGAUCAAAUGCAUCGCGUGCAGCAAGUCGUUCCGCCGUGGCUCGAGCCAACAACUGCAAACCACUGACCAAAUCACUGGGAAAUGGCCUAAAGCCCCUGAUGGAGCACAAGGCGGUUGGAAAUUCACCUUAUCUUAGACCAUCCAAAAGUGAUGCUUCUUCUGCUACAACUCCAGCAGAGCAGCAUACCCCAGACACCAUUUUAAUUAAAGAAGAAGAAGAUAUCAUUGGAGGCAAGCCCUCUGUAGAAGACUACGAUUACUUUGGCGACUGCAGCACACAGCGCAGCGCCACCUCAGAGAGUCUGCAUGUGGACGCCCCCGGCUCCUCCCACAUGUCUAGUCACAGCGGGGAGUUGAGGAUUCUGAGCGUCCACGGACAAGGGGAGGGCCCCCUGGCUGUGGACGGCCAUGACACCCUCUUCACGGUGUCCAAACAUAAGGUCUGGAGCUCGCUGUCUGUGGACCACAGCGUGGCCAAGAGCCUGGACUGCGGCGAGCGGUUGUUCUGCCGCGAGGAGCGGACUGUGCAGCAGCAGACCCCAGACAGCAUUUUAAUCAAGGAUGAAGAGGAUAUCAGUGGAGGCAAGCCCGCUGUAGAAGACUGUGGUGACAUAGAAGACAGCAGCACGCAGCCUGGUGCCACCGCGGAGAGUCUGCAUGUGGACGCCCCUGGCACCUCCUACAUGACCAUGCAUCGGCGAAAUCAGAGAGUCCACAGAAAAGGGGAGGGCCCAUUGGCGGCGGACGGCCAUGACACCCUCUUCAGCGCGUCCGAACUGGAGGCCCUGAGCUCGUUGUCUGCGGACCACAGCGUGGCCAAGAGCCUGGACUGCGGCGGCGUGCCGCUCGUCCACCGCGAGGAGCUGACUGGGUACCGGGCCUUCCGCAAGGGCCAGCCCUGUGUCGAGUGUGGCAAGAUUUUCCCCAACAAUGCCAAGAUGAUCAUCCACAUGCGUAGCCACACCGGCGAGAAGCCGUACGGGUGCGAACUAUGCAAGAAGCGCUUCCAGCAGAAAGGCGACCUGAAGAUUCACAUGAGGAGGAUUCAUUCCGGGGAGUGGCCCCUUGUGUGUCCCCAGUGCAACGCCAGCUUCCGUGACUCCAAAUAUUUGCGUCGCCACAUGCUCCAGCACAUGGGUAAUGGGGUGCUUUGACACGGGGCAAUGGGAGGCUUUGAUUGACAUCUUUAUUGUGUCUGUGAUGAAAUUACUGCUUACGAUAUUUAUUGUUCACGAUUUUAAAGACUCUUUCCAAGUUUCCACUUUUUUACAGUUGUAAAUAAUACAUUUCUGCGUCAUUACCGUUACCUUUUGUAAUCAAAAAUUGCCUGCAAAGUUCACUUGUGGAAUGAAUUACUGCAAUGUAAACCCUCGUUAAACAUGAUCAUUUCAACUGUCUUUCAAUUCUAUUUGCUUAAUCCCAA